AUGACGCGCCUUACCGUUGGAACGAUUUUAUCAAGACUUCAGGGCUCAGAAUCCGUUCAACUACAAGUGGCUCUGCUUCGAGCAUUGAAGAAUGAGUUAAUAGGCCACGAUGAGCGCAAAGAAGCUUCUGUUACCCUGGGCAUCAUCCCGAUCCUAGGGCAAUUGCUGCGCACACGACGCCCCGGACUGUCCCAUGGAGUCGAGUCCGACGGAGCAGCUGGUCAAUCAGGUCUGGCAUACGGAGACUCUGAGGAUGCCAAGGUUUGCCUCCAGGCGGUCUUGAUCGUCGGCAGCUUGGCUCAAGGUGGUCCGACCUUUAUCGCGCCGAUAUUUGCUAGUGAUAUUCUCCCGACCCUGCUCUCUGUCCUCUCAUCCCCCGACUGUCCUCCCUCCUUCACGCUCUCGAUCCUACGGUUCCUGAACACGAUUGCGGACAGAUUGCCCCUACAAAGUCAAGAUCAGUGGCCUCGAGAUACCCGACUGGCAGACAUCAUCUUCUCGGGGGAACAUUUAGGGGCACUCAGACGAAUCAUUGCGCAGGACUUUGGGUCUAUGCGGAGUCGGCUCAGCGCCGAGCAAGCUGCUGCAUUGAUUGGAAAGCUUUGCACCCAAGAAGCGCACAAGAGGGCAUUGGCGGUAUCUGGAGUGUUGGAUGCACUUGCUGUCAAGAUUGCCUCAUUCGUGGUGGCUCAAGGCUAUGUUCCCCCUGGAGCUGAACACUAUCUGAAAGAUGCCGGUUCUUUGGGUGUAUUUCCCGAACCAGCUCCAUCAUCCGCACGUUUGGCGCCUUACCUCCGCGCCGUGACCGUCAUCAUUGAGCACUCCAAGUGGAGAGCAGAGCAUUUCCUCUCGUCUCCAGGGAUCGUCACCGUCUUCCCCAGACAGAUACUCGAAUUCGAUCCAGACGAUAUCAGAAAGGGCCCAUGGGGUUCGACGUAUUUCUCCGGUUCCGCUGUCCCGCGUAAGCCUGGUGUCAAUCCUGUCGACAGUCUGUUGCCAUCGAUUCCCCAUGUGCAUGAGCGAUCAUCGCCAGGGUCAGCCAGUUUUCCUCCCCUAGGCAUGGGCGAGUCACGCCAGAGACACGGCCGGUCGGUCCUCCCGCCGAUUUCACUCGGCCAGGUGUCCGAUUCAGACGAGCAAGAGAACUCGAUUGUACCGUGGCUACUGUGCUUGCUUCGCUCCGAGAGAGACAUGACACGUUUGAUGGCUGCUCGCUUAGUCACGGUUCUCUUCCGCCUGGGCCUUGCGAAGAAACAUCGGGUGCCGCAGUUCAGUUGCUUGUUGGUUCCUAUUCUACUUCGCAUGUUGGACAAGGACUAUGAAAUCUCGGAAAGUGAUGACCUAUGUGAUGACGGAUUGAUUACGCCAACCCAACGCAUGAAGGAAGAAGCACCUACGGUGUUGGCUAACCUGGUCAUGGAUGAUCAGGACCUCCAGAAACACGCUGUUGACGGCAACGCGCUGAAGAGGUUGUCACAGCUCCUCAAGGAAACCUACAAUCCCGUUCCGGACAAGUUACAGCCGAUGUGGAAUCCUGACAGCGAUACUCCGGCGCGAGACCCCGACACAGUAUCGCCAGUCUGCUGCCUCGGACCUCCGGGGUAUUCACCAACGUUGUGUCAUAUCAUGCGUUACCGCGAGAGUAUUUUGAAGGCUUUGGCAGCUCUCGUCCCUUUCAAGGAUGAGUACCGAAAGGCUGUCUGUAAGAACGGCGUUGUUCCUUACAUUAUUGAUGCACUGAAGCCCCGACCUAUUGAUGCGCCUGCUGGUGGUGCCUCUACGCCUCGAAACUCAGCCGCCGAUGGGAACCCUACAGCCACGAUCUUGGCCGCUUGUGGUGCUGCUCGAAUGUUGACCCGUUCGGCCAGUGUGCUAAGGACGAGUCUUAUCGAUGCUGGUGUGGCUGAGCCCUUGUUUGUCUUGAUAAAGCAUCCGGAUAUUGAAGUCCAGAUUGCUGCCACAGCAGCAAUUUGUAACUUAGCCCUUGACUUCAGCCCCAUGAAACAGGCUAUUAUCACCGCUGGCAUCGUUCCAAUUCUGUGUGAACACGCGCGCUCAACCAAUAUCAAGCUUCGCAUAGAGUCCCUCUGGGCUUUGAAGCAUGUGGUUUACAACUCGCCAAACGACAUUCGCAUAAAGGUUAUUGAGGCUCUCACUCCUGGAUGGAUUCGAGACAUCAUAAGUUCAGAUCAGGUCACCGCGCUGGCCCGACGCGGUAUUGAAGACGAAGCGGAUCAAAGCUCUGCCAUCGCCAUGGGUCGUGCCAAUUCAUUCGGCGAGCAAGUCGAUAUCCUCAACCCCGUAGAUGAUUCAUCUGAGCAAGGCGAUGAUUCCAACAUGUCAGACACCACUCCAUCUUCCAGAAUGAGCCUGGAUCGCUUCCUGCCCGAUGCGAGACGCCAGAGGAAGCUUGCUCUCCAAGGAUCACUCGAGCAAUCCACUCAGUCUCGACAAGAUGAUAUCGCUGUUCAGGAGCAGUUAUUCAAUCUGCUUCGCAACAUCAUCUGUGGAGAUGGAGCUACCGAGAUGAUCGAUUACUUGCUUCGGGAAAUUGGAGAAGACGAGCUUUUUACCGCCAUUGCCAAUAACCUGCGCCCUCGAACAAUACAACUCCCUCAUCGCCGGGACGUGCCUACUCGCCCCAUUCUGGUACCAUCAGAAAUUCUCAUCUCGGCAAGUGCACUGCUUAUCCACCUGGGGGCCGGGCUCCCGCGCCACCGCCAGCUAGUGAUGGAUCAUCCUGAUGUACUGAUGGCCUUGACCAACUACUUCAAUCACUCCAACCGGGAGGUCCGACUCAACUGUGUGUGGAGCAUCAUCAAUCUGAUCUACAUGGAGGACUCGAGUGACCGCGACGGAUGUCGUUCCCGGGCAAGUCGUCUGAAAACCAUGGGGAUAUCGGACCUCCUGGCCCGUCUUGAGAACGACCCGGAUAUAGAUGUCAAGGAGCGUACAAAGACUGCGGUCCACCUUAUGAAUCUUUAA